AUAAUUUAUUUGGAUCCAACGACUAAUAUGUGAAGAUUCUCACAUGGGGUGCACAAAAUGCAGCUUAAAUAGUGCAAAUUUAGGAGGAUCAUUCAUUGGAUGAAGAGUACAAUUCAGACACUGAUUGGUUUGAUGUUUCUUUGACAGGAAGCAUUUGAUUUGUUGUACGUGUCUGGGAGGGAAGUGAAAGAUAGGCUAAAGUAUAUUGCUUCACAGGUUGCUAAGCAUGAUUGCAACAGAAGACUUGAGUUUUACUCAAAAAGUGCUCAUGCACCGUUCAGGUGUAGAAGUAAAUAUGUUGUAGACUUCUGUUGAACUUCAAACCUAAAACAAUGUCUAGACACAGACAAAAACAUAAUAUGGCAUGCUUUCAAAGGGAAUCACCAGCAUUGAAGGAGAUUCUGCUCAGAUUAUACAGAGCUGAAAAGCCCUUGGAGUUUGAUCACCACUUGUAUGAAUUUGGAUCAGUGGAAUAUCAUGUUCAGGCUUCUGCAUCAAUUCCAGAUAACACCUAUUUGUCUAUAGCAACGCCACUCCUGUAUCAAGACUUCAUUCUCUCAUCUGGGCUACCACGUUAUACAUUAGAGAUGGUGAAGGGAAUCAGCCCUGAUGUCAUUGAGAUAAUUGAACCUCCAAAAGAAGGAUAUAAGUUGACAUUGAGACUCAAGUACUCAAGGAUUCCACGCAAUAAAGGUGGGGUGAAAAUGAUUGCAAGCAUUUCCUCUGUACAAGGUGUCAUCCUAAGCUCUCAGCUCAAAGAUAUGUUAAUGAAUGUCAAUUCACUAGAAGUCUCUCAAGGGAUGUACAGACCAGUCAAACUCAUUUAUCACCCAAGGGAACCUUUCUUUGUCAUCAAACAGCCAGAAAAAAUCACUGCAGUAUUCCCUAUGCGCUUUAAAGAAGAUACAGAUGUAAUCAUAGCAACAGCUUUCUUUCAGGUAAAACCAAAAACUUUUAUCAAUGAUGGAAUAAUAUUCUUCUUGAAACCAUGUUUUGUAAACAAUAUUUGAAGAAGCUUGAAACAUUAAC